UCCGAUUUCCAUCUGCUUAUCGUUUACGGAUGACCUCUAGAUCUCGCCUCGCUGAUUAUACAGACCUUACCGGUAUUAGGUGAAUACUUCGGUGUGGGUCAUGAGAUGACGUCGCUUCGAUGUCUUGAGGGCCUCAACUUGAUCCUACUUCUAUGAGUGGGAACGUAUGUAGGUCCGAGAGACUGAUGACGCACAAUCUGGAUGGCUAAUGGACUUCUUCUUUAUUAUUUGCAUCUCCGAAUGAAAGCAGCUUUGUGCCCCUAUAUUGCAAAACAUAGUUGCAAGAAUGAUGAUCAAAUGAGCUCAUUCGGAGUUCAGAAUAGAUCGACUUUUUGCGCUCUUCCACCUCGCAGCCUCUCCCGCUCCUUUUGCACCUCCUCUCUGGCCAGCUGCUGCGCUCGCUUCUCCGCUGCCUCUAUGUGGGGCACAAUGUCAUCAAAUGGAUUAUCAACAAUCCGAAGGGAUUUUAUCUUGCAUGGAUAUAUUACCGGUCGCUCCCCGCACGCCUUGGCUAGGACCAAAGGUGUCAAAGUCGUUGAAGUGCUUUUACUUGUACCCGAAAAGACCUCAAAAAUGAAAGGGUGCAAAGGUGUAUAUAUGCACCUUCCGGAUCCGUCGAGAACAAGGCGGUUUUGCACACCCGACUUGAUAAUGAGACACAGGUCCUCUUACUACUCGCCGAGUUUCUAGUGCGGUGAGGCGGGGGGUGGUGUUUGUUUAUACAUAACUUGUGAUAAUGGAACUGGGUCAUGUUCGAUUGCA